AUGGGCCAUGUUUUCAACAUAAAGGAGAAGACAAAGAAAAAAUUCAAUCCUGAGCAAGAUCAGGCUCGUGUUAAAUGGAUUCAAACAAGAAUCUCAAAAUACAGAGACCGUUCUGGUCAAAAGAGCCCAAACGCAGGGUCAAUCGCGGCCAAUGUUGGCAUUUCAAUGAAUACUUUGACUUACGUUGUGAGAGUGGGCUUGGGCAUCCCGGUGCAAUAUGUUUCAAUGGCAUUUGACACAGGAAGUGAUGUUACGUGGCUACAGUGCGAUCCAUUUUGCCAAAGCGGCCAGUGCCAUUCACAGAAAGAUCCAAUAGUUAACGCUCCUGGAUCCAUUACAUACACUAAUGUAUCUUGCUUGGCACCAAUCUGCAGCACAUUCAAGCCUGGUACAGACCCUUUCACUUGUGGGUACUCAACAUGUACAUUUGGAAUCAAAUAUGAAGACGGUUCAUAUUCCUCGGGAUUCGUCAGCCAGGAAACAGUUACCUUUACAACUUCUGAUGUUUUCACUGAAUUCAACUUCGGUUGCGCCAACAACAACACAGGCUUGUUCGGUUCAGUGGCUGGUACGCUGGGUCUUGACCGAAAUCCACUUUCAUUCCCUUCUUAA